AUUUAAUUAUUUGGAUUGUUGCCCCAAAUAAUUGAUGAUUGCUAUCCUAAUUUUUUUUAAUUUUCUGCAACAGCCUUCUGGGGUUCUUUAAAAACAUAAAUAAAUAUUGAUUGUUCGCACGAGCACCGGCAGAACACAUGAGCAUCCCAAUUAAUGACGAGCGAGGGCGUGCUGCCCCGUUUCCGCGGAUCUGAUUUACGUGAGAAAGAAUUCCGGUGCCAAUUUCUCCUUCACUAGCUGGUCAACAAUGCCGAGAAAAAGUUAACAUGGCCCAUAAAACAGAUAUCUAAUGAGGUGAAAACCUGCUAAGUGGUGUGAAUUUCUAGCUACAGACGGUCUUCAUUAUGACCGCAUGACAAGUUUGAAUGGUCAAGUUCUUCGUACUCGUGUUGCAAGUUUUUAAAAUAUAAAUAGUCAAAGAUGUUGCUCAAGGAUGAAGUACUUGAGAAAGAACACCUUGUUAUGAAUUGAUCGCGCAUGUUUGUGCGCAUUAAAACUUGAGUGUUUGGUCAUCUGAUCAAUGGUUCCAAAUCGGCCAUGCAUUUGAUAUCAUGCAGUACCUAUAACUCGACGACCAUAUGGUGAACCAAAUGACUUAAUUCUCUAUUCUAUUUAACAAAAUAAAAGUUACUGAGAAAAUUAGUCAUGUGUGUAUGAAAAAUGAAUGCACUGUUUUCUGACGUUUUAAAACAAAAAUUAAUAGUGACAACAUCCUAAUCUAAUCUCAUUCAUUUGAACUGAUGUGAGAUCGACGACAACAAAUUGAGGCUUGAAAAACCACACCUAUAAUUCUUUCUGGAAAUUGGGCUGUCAACCAAAAAAGAAAUAAGAAAUUCCUUCCUGCUUUCUAAUGUGAAAAAACAGGUUUUCAACGUCAUUUUUCAUGGGCCUUGGGUUUUUAUUGCUGUUCCCGCUGAGUUGGUGCUCCGUGUGGACUUCAAAUCCCCGCAUGGCUCCUCAAUCCGCCGUCCCCCCAACUGGGGGCGGGGGCAGCGAGUUCUUACAUCUUCUGGCCAGUUCUGAGGACCGUCUAAGCAGCGCUGCAAUUUACCAGCAUGGCGACACAGAACGGCAUAGGACACGCCGUGUUUUUGGAGGCGUGAGAACACUUGACUCUGAUGAGGACAACUUCUCUGUCACCGAGAAGUUCCCUGCGCCUGUCACUCUAUCCCGCGACCACGUCACAGUUGAUGACGUAGCUGAAGACUAUGCCCUCAAUGACGAAGAUGACCAAUGCUGGGAAGACAUCUGUAGUGAAGGCUUUUCGCCCCCACCUCGCCCCCCGGAUUUUUUCUUACCCCCUCCCCCCUUGCCCCCUUUCCUGCCCGGGCUGGUCCGACUGGCCGCCGAGACACAACAACGCGGACCGGACGACUCGGGCCCGGGCUGCGGGCUGUGCCAUUGGGCCAUCUACGGCAACUCAUCGUCCACCCUCUUGGACCAGCAAAAUCAGUGGGAGGUGGGCAUUGGUGGGCUGCUGGCGGGCGUGGCGGUGGGUUCAGCCCUCACCGGCGCCGUGCUCGCUGUCGUCCUCAUCAGGUGCCGCAGGGCACGGAUGCUGUCACUCAAGUGCAAAGCGUCUGGGACGAGUGAAGCUGGAGGCUCGUGGGCCAAGCCGGGCGAGCGUCACGAGCCAGGGUCCGACAAAUCGCUCACGGCGACUUCCUCGUCCGGCCUAGCGUGGCCGAUGAAAUUCUGGAGACGGAAUUCCGCCCAAGAACAGCCACUUCGGCCAGCAUCAACGUACAGCUCUGAGAACUCGUACUCUGAAGAGCCCUACAUGAACCCAGAGGGGCAGAGUAGCCUCUACUCAGAGCUCGCCCUGGGUUUAAGUACCUACUCUAAUAUCACCGACCCCAGCUUACCUGAAAGAGACAACCGGACUGCACUGAAGAAUGGCUAUGAAAAUGCGGGGUAUUUACGCUCAGAGGGACUUCAUGAGUUUCCAGGAGAUUUGCCUUCAUCUGUUGUUCCUGCAGAGUGCCACAGAAGAGGUUCUAGUAUGAAGGUAGCUCCUCAUAUAAGACGACAUAAAUAUUUAUGUGAGCCUCGUCAGGUGGCCGCAUGGCAAAUGCCUGCCACUGUAUCAGCAAGUGUAGCGCAUUCAACUAUUAAAUUAAAUGACCCUUACAGGGACAUAAUAUCGAUGUCUGCUGCUAGAGCCACGCUGGACACUGGCGACACAAUUCCUAGUCCUCCUUAUCCGUCCUGCCAUGCUUGUCUUUCUGCUAACACCAUGCCACUUCUUAGACAUUCUUGCGAAGCCUCGCCUGUCCUAUUGAAUUCCAAUAAUUUAAAUCUAAUCCCAUUGCUCUCCUAUAAUCGCCGUGCUCAGCCUGAGAUCGAUUUAGCCGCGAAGCUUCAGUCCACUUUACCAAGUUCCAUCCAAGCAUUAAACGGAACAAAAGAAAUGUUCCGCAAAGGUCCUUUAUUGCCCCAAACUUUAGCGGAAAACUCGUGUCCAACGUCAGAGUACGUGUAACUUCACUGUGUAACUCGUAGGUAGAGUAAAAUACCAAUGCGCUCAAGAUACACAAUUCCCUACCUUGUAGACACAGAUGAUGGUUUUUCAAAUAUUGUAGUAUAAAUAAUUAUUUCUUUGGCUUUUCAUGCAAAUCGCUCCAAAUUUGAGCUUUAUGUAGUCAUGCAGAUCACUAAUUAUAAUAAUUUGAAUCAUGAUAUGAUCGCCCUGCCAUUUAUACGCUAAGCAUUACUUAAUAUAAUCUGACAGAAUAUUUCUAGGUAGACUAAAGAACGUAAGGAAACGGUGCUCUCGAGUGUGCAAUGAUUUUAGAGGAAACAUUUGUUGUGUUUGAACACUUUUAUUUUGUUUUUUCCAUUAUGUUAAGUACCGAUACGUCUGAGUUAUAUUUGGCUGAGUGAAAACCUAAAGUCAGUUCAUGCGCGUGAGGGUGGCGAGAAACUUUCAUCAUUGCUGGAACAAAGGAUUUAAACCGAACCAAGCAGAGGUGAAUAUGCUUGAUAUUUUCACUAUACGCUAUUUGCGCCUUUUUAAGCCUAACUUUAUUGGAACUUAAACUAUGCCUACGAGAAUUCUUGUUGCUCUGAACGAGUUCCCACUGAAGACUGUUCCCACUAUUCGGACAACUUCUUUGUAGACCUUUUGACUGAAUUCCUUACUCAACCUGAUGUUUCAGAGCACUUCAGUAAUUUAUUUCCAGUAAUUUAUCAUUUUCAACGAUAUAAGUGCAUGAUAUUGUAAGAGUUAUAAGUCGUCUUCUUCAAUUCUCACCCCAUGUCAACAAUGAACCCUAGUCAAAUUUAGCAUUGGGAGAAUAAAGUUCUCCUAUCUUAAUUAAACUUAAAUUUGCAA